AUGGCUGAAGCUCAGGAAAGAGCUAAUACCCCGCCGGGGGGUCCACCAAUGACGAAGCAAAAAAGACUCGAACGAUCUUGCGUCCUGUGUCACCAGCGGAAGAUCCGUUGUGACAAGAAGUCUCCGUGUAGGAACUGUAGCCGCGCCGAUGUCUUGUGCUACUACCCCGAGCCGGAGCAGAUCUUGCGGCGGCCGCCAAAGACGACAAUUGCUGAUGUUUCGGCACGUCUCGCCCGCCUGGAGAGGACUAUCAGUGCCCUUUUCAAUGAUCCUGCAAUCACGCAAAACGAUACUCCGCCUGUUGGACGGCCUGUCAUCGAGGACUUCAACUCAUUGGACCUUAAUACUCCUUCUGUGGAGAGUACGGCGAGUGUAGAAAAGCUGGUUCAAGGGAACACUUCAAGUCUCUACUACAACGAGGCACUCAUUUCUCGAGUCUUAGAAGAGGAACAAGAAAUCGAGUCCUUGAUGGAGAAUCAGUAUGAUACGACUCAUUCUCACGACUCGGCUUCUUUAGAUAUUGAUCCUCUUCUCUCUGCCUUCCACAAGCCAUCUCCAGGGAGCGGACUCGACCAUCCGGCUCGACAAUGCGCUAUACAGCUAUGGCAAGCUUUUGUCAAUAAUGUUGACCCGCUCUUCAAGAUCUUCCAUAUCCCAACAACACAAAGUAUCAUUUACGGCGCUAUCAGCAACCCCGAAAAUGUCGAUGCUGGAAUCAACGCUCUUCUAUUUGCUGUAUACUUCGCUGGAGUAACGAGUUUGAGUUCAGACCAAGUGAUGAACCUUCUCGGACUUCCUAAGAAUGCUGCCCUCAACACCUUCAAGCAAGGCUUGGAGCAGUCGCUUGCUGCUGCAGGCUUCUUAGACACCCCGACGUUAAUAACUCUGCAAGCAAUAACUUUGUUUAUAUUUUGUUUCCGCGCCUCUAACACAGGUCGAGCUAUCUGGACCUUGAACGGUCUCGUAACUCGGUCGGCCCAGUCCAUUGGCCUCCACCGCGACGGUACGAACUUCAAACUUCCGCAUUUUGAGUGCGAGAUGCGGCGGCGCCUCUGGUGGCUGAUUGUCGCCAACGACUCUCGCGCCACCGAAGAUCACGGUCUUAAAAUAUACACAUGCGACAGCGCUGUCGAUGUCGCACUGCCCUCGAAUGUCAACGAUAGCGAGCUCUAUCCAACCAUGCAAGAGCCACUUCCAGCAUCAGGACCAAAGUGGUCCGACAUGUCCUUCACCCUAAUGGUCAUCGAAGCACAUAAUGUUCUCCGUAAACUCUCUCCGAGCGCUCAACCAAACAGCAGUCCUCCGACGGAAGCAGCUCGACAACAAGCGUUCGACAAGCUAAAGGCCCAUUUCGAGACCACAUACCUACAAUACUGCGACCAGAACAUCCCAAUUCAGCGCAUGGCUUAUCUCGUUGGCAAGCUCCUCCCCAGUAAACUCGAUUUCGUCACACGCCAACAAUGGCUCCGACAACACACCUCAACCACGCUUGUCAUGACUCCCGGUUCGCCCGCACAGUCACAGACGAGCGAGGAAUGGCAAGGAACGGAGAGAGACCUCCUCCACGCAAUCAAGAUCCUGGAGAUUAGCGACCACUUCCGAACCGAUACCAUGAUCCAGGGAUUCCAAUGGAACAUACGAACAUAUCCACAGUAUCAUGUGCUAAUGUUUGUCUUCCGGUACUUGUGCGUGGCACCCGAGGGUCCUAUAACGGACAGGGCGUGGACGCUAGCAAAUACUUGUUUUGAGAGCGAAGCCCCCUUCGAGGCGGGGUGGAAUUGGACGGUCUUGAGCAGACUGAGAGGGAAGGCAAUGAAGAUUAGAGAGUCUGCAUCAGUGGCGGGAGCAGGAGGCAAGAUCGCGGGAGGAGGAGGAGGUAAUGCAGAGAAUAUCAAUGGAAGUGAGACGCCGGGGCAACAAAGCUUUGAUGUGGAGACUGCCACAGCGACAGAAGCGACCACUGACGAAGUUGGAGGAGUAAGCGAUGCUCAGCAAGCACAACUUCUAUCGAGCAUGGACUGGAGUCUGGACGCCUUCCUGUAUUGGGGCUCGAUGACUGGCAUUGAGGAUGUGGAGACCUUCGAGUCCUAG